CAGUAAGAAGUGUUCUUAAUCUAGUUUUGCUUUUCUAAUUUUUCUAGGGUUUUAAUUAUCUUAAGUUUUUUUUACUUAAGGUCUGGCCAAUGGAGCAGUGUAUUAAAAAUGCCAUAGAAUUUCUCACAGAAAUAAAGGGUAGAUUUACUCAAGAUAAGUAUGAUGAGUUUCUGACAGUCUUCAUGGAUUAUAUGGCAGAAAGGAUUGAGUUUAUUGAUGUCAUGGACAAAAUGAAGGAAAUAUUAAAAGAUCACAGAGAUUUGAUAUUGAGAUUAAACACCUUCAUGCCAACUGGAUAUGAAAUCAAACUUCCAUUGGAAGAUGAACAAUCUCAACCAAAGAAGCGUGUUAAAUUGGAAGAUGCUACACGGUUUUUGAAUAAGAUAAAGGCUCGGUUUGAAGGAGAUGAUGACCAUAUUUACAAAUCAUUUAUGAAGAUAUUAAUUAUGUACCAUAACAAAAAUAAGUCUUUCACUAUGGUCUGCCAAGAGGCUACUACACUUUUGCAAGGCUAUCCUGAUCUUCUUGAUGAAUUUUAUGAUUUUCUUCCCAAAUCUAUUUCUGCUCAUUAUGUAGCUGCUCGGAAUUCUUUGCAUGGUGAUACGUAGGAGAUCUUCAAUACUAAAUAUGCGGCAAAUUUUUGGGAGAAUUUAAUAAAGUAUAAGGAAUGGAUUUGAUAUGGAGAAAUUUCAAACUUUAUUUGAAAAAUCUAAUGGUCUG